UCUCUCUCUCUCUGUCUCUCUGUCUCUGUCGGAUUUCCAAGCGUGACCGGCGUUUCGUGUCUGUUCAGACUUAAAAAUGCGUUACGUGGCCGCUUACCUGUUGGCUGUGCUCGGUGGAAACACCAGCCCCUCGGCCAAGGACAUCAAGGCCAUUUUGGGCAGCGUGGGGAUCGAGGCUGAUGAUGAACGCUUAAACAAGGUCAUUAGUGAGCUGCAAGGGAAAAACAUCAAUGAAGUCAUGAAUUCAGGCCUCUCGAAGUUAGCCUCCGUACCAGCGGGUGGCGCUGUGGUGGCUCCUGCUGCUUCAGGCAAGGCUGCUAGCGCCGGGGCUGCGCCUGCUGCUGCGGAAGAGAAAAAGGAAGAGAAGGAGGAAUCAGAAGAGUCGGAUGAAGACAUGGGCUUUGGACUCUUCGAUUAAUCUGCCUUAGUUUCUAAAAAGCAAUAAAAAAGUAAAAGGUUUACACAGAAUAA